AUGGCUGAUGCAGGGCAGGCGACAUCACCGCUCCCACGUCGGGGAUCGUCGAGGUCGCGGAAAAGAAUCAAGGUGACUCGCGCAUGCGAUGCUUGCAAAGCACGCAAGAAGGCCUGUACGGGCGAUAUUCCAUGCCGAUUUUGUGCACGAUCGGAUCUCUCAUGCUCCUACAAUGUUCCCUAUCAUCGGGGUUCCGCCGCCACCCCACUGCCCUCGUCGCAGGGCGGAAAUGUGCGACCCAUACCUGCCGCGUCAAUCCCCGCACUCAUGGAGUCUACCCCAGUUCCAGAGUCGGUUCUUGGGGGCCAAUACAGAGGUCCGGCGUCGGCCCACUCAUUCUUGGACCGGGCCGUGAGGAACUUCCAUGGAGCUCAGCGGACUUUGGAUUCAACGUCGGAGGAUUCACAUGCUUCGAUAUUCUCGCACGGCGAUCGGCAUGCUCCCCAGAUUCCCGAGUCUCAACUGCAAUGGCCUAGCCAAGCCGCUGUCAAUUGGCUGGUCCAACGGUACUUUGACUUUGCAUCGCCGACUUAUCGUAUUCUACAUCAGGGGACAGUAGAAGAAUGGAUAAAUCUAGUUUUUGGACAAGAGGUGCCAACACCACCAAGCCACACCACCAGACUCUCCCUUGCGGGGAAAGCGAUAAUAUUGAUGAUGUGCGCCAUUUCAUGUUCCUUCUCUGCGCUACAGGAUAUGCCGCUGGAAUAUACACUGGGAAAUAUACCACGCGGGCAGCAAAGUGAGACGUACUACCAAAUGGCCGAUCGGCUUCUUUCCCAGGAACAAGGCUCGCCAUCAUUGGAGUCAGUCCAGGCUCGGUUCCUCACUGUACUAUACCUCCUUGGCACAUCAAGAAUGAAUCAAGCCUGGUUUAACUUCGGACCUACCGUGCAACUGCUGAUGGCACUUGGUCUCCACCGAAGAAACACAUAUACGAGAACACUCAAUUCUUCCUCGCCUGGUGAGGUUGCUCUCGAGUGCUCGAAACGAGUAUUAUGGUGCUCUUUUACCCUUGAUGAAUAUCUCAGUCUCAUUCUUGGACGACCACGCCUUCUUCGCGAGGAGGACAUUGAUCAAGAUUAUCCUGCGCUAGUCAACGAUGAGCAGCUAGAUCCUCAUAAAAGCCGAUCGCAUUUGCAAAGAAAUUGCCUAAUGGAUGCACCGGUUUGUCACGCGAAAUUGUCAAAGAUACUUUCGAAGGCUUCACAAGAUCUAUACACAAUUCAACCUCUCGAGAAGGAGCAAGAGAUCAUUCUAAUUGAAAAUCUCGUGCGAAAAGUCAAGCAGUGGCAAUCUGAUCUUCCGCCCCUUCUCGGCGAUUGGGUGUGUCCCAGCAGUUUGAUAUCUAUCUUUCAGAGACAGUUGACGGUAAUAAGACUGGCCCGGUUCCACGCUCUAAUGUUUGUCACACGUCCAUUACUACUUCGAGAUUACUCCCAAGAGAAAGAGGCCUCAGAGGAUUCCGCCCAAGUAUACCUACGAUCUUGCAUCAGCAAUGCUCGGGAUACACUCGAACUAGUACUAGAAUUAGUCAAAGAUCGUCUACUCUACCCAGCGUUUUGGUAUACCCAGUAUAUCGCUUUCAACGCUCUAUCAAUUGUCUACAUCUUCCUGAUACACACGAAAAGGGGCCGAAUUCCCCACGCCUGGCUUUCCGCGAAUGCCGAUCUAGAGUCGCAAGAAAUCGAUCAAAAUUCACUAUAUAAGCUUGCCGAAGAGACUCAGUAUCAUUUGGGCCAAGCAACUGAGAGAAAUUCUCUUGCAUGGAGAUAUAACAUCGUGCUCGAAGCUUUGAGAUCGGAGACUACGGGGCACGCGUCCGAGACGACCAACGAUGCAGAGCAAUCAAUAGGAAGGACCCAGCCAGACCACGACUCUCAUUUGGCAGUGCAGCCUAUGGAUAUGAGAGAUAAUGUUCCCUUCGAAUUGGCCUCCGAGCAUCCUAUUGUAGACUGGGACAGUUUACAAGGGGCUGGAGCAUAUGAUUCGGGAAUUGGAAGCUUGUUCACAUUUACGGGCUCCACAGAUGAGCUUUGUCUUGACUUCUGGCCCCAAUUAGAUCGCCUACCAACGUCACUAAACUAG